CAUUUUGUGGACACAGUGCUAGUGGUUCAAUUCUUUUACUGUAAACUACCAACUGCAAAGCUGCAGCACGCGCGGUAACAACACCUGAAACGAUUGACGAACUACUAGAUUUAUUUUCAUCGCGUGUUUCAUGAAGGAGCCACCGUUGAAGAGAAAAGUCACUGCGAAACUCGACUACAACGGUGGAAAUGUAUCUCCUCGUUUUAAUUCAUCAUCUAGACCAGCGUCACCGACUAAGCAACCGCUUCAGUCAUCUCUCUCACCCCCAGGCUUCCGUCCGACAGUCAAGGUCAGCUCCAACGUGACUGUCCGGAAAUUGUCAAGUUCGGCUUCAUUGAAUGCCAUCAACAAAGCAACUUUCUCUCGACCUGGCUCGCCUUCGAAGCCGAUUCGAAGUCCCGGGCCUCCCAUAGUCACCAAUCCCGUCAAAGCUCGCGUUACGGCGCGGCCCGCGUCCAAGUCUACCGCCACAUCUCCUGUGUCUAGUACAUCUCCUUUGGAGUCGCGUCAGCGAUCGUCCACUACUGUUUCAUCAAAGCUGCGACUUCCACCCCAGGAAGACCGACCCCGUAGCGGCAGCGUUGCCCUACAUCACGCCCAGUCCACCUCAGCAUUACGGAGAAAUUCUCCAUCACCCCGAACUCCGCUCUCUUCAGAACUACCAUCCGCACGCGUCGACCAAGACCGUGCAUCACCGUCUGCUCCCAUCAAGAUCAAAUCCAAGAUUUCACGGCUAGCCAAAUCUAAUAGUAUCGAAACAGAACCUGCCCGCUCGCUAUCCCCACCAUGGGUUACCACCAGGCCUACUCAUACAAGACCACCCAUACCUUCACUGGCUUCUAGCUUCUCGUUGAACGCGUCAUCAAGUCCGCCUAAUUCGACCACUGUGUCAUCUUUUUAUCCCAUCACGACCGGAGCUCCUGCUGCUAAUCCGCAUAGAUACCCCUCACCGCGACGCGCCCCCUCACCCAUAUCAUAUGCUUAUCAGACAUUCACUCCAGUUGAAGGACCUUCGAAAGCAGUCAGGCAGGUACUGAAAGCCAAGGUCGACCCCGCUUCCAUUCCUCUCCCUCCACAUUCACCACCAAUAUCUGCAUUAUCAUUAUCUUCAAAGUCGUCCGUGUCUAGAAGGUCGUUGUCUGUGGAUCCCUCUACUAAGAGCAAUGCGAGCGCGUCGACGCUUAACUCUCACAUAAGCAAGCGUUCGGAUACCGAAUUUGCUCGACUCAACAAUCUUCGUUCUAGUCACAGCGAUCAGGAUGGCACGGUUUCGCCCACAACCAAUGGCCGACGAUCUAGCCAAGAUCGGGAUAGCGAUCUUGACUCUGAAAACUCGGAGCACAAGGCGAGGACUGCUGCCAAGUCUAAUCGAAAGAUUGCCGACUUGGAAAUAACGAAUAAAUCCCUUCUCGUUAUCAAUGCAUCACUUGAAACUACGAAGAACCGUCAAGCUAAAGAGAUUCGGGACCUGAAGCGGAAGCUUCGCGAAUCCAGACUCAUUCUCCCCCCCAGAGCAUUCAGGGCUGUUGAGUCCCAUGACCGCGAAGAAGAAGAAGUGGUUGAUGACGAUAGUGAGGAGGGUGAUGAUGGGGCUGGCGAUGAAGUCUAUGCAAGGGUGAAGGAUAUCCUAGACCGGCUUCUGGAAUCAGGCAAGAAAGCUUUGGAAAGCACUCCCGAUGAUUUCCGGCAGGGCCUCUCCACGAAGGUCUUGAAUGCCGAUGAAGUCCGCACAUGGAGAGAUUCAGGGCAGGAGUCUGACGCCAUUCUUGAUGGCCGCAACAGAGGGGACGGUAGGGAGGAUCAGGUUAUAAUCCCCGUCUCUCCGUCACACGUUGCUGUACCUGAUAGUGAUGAUGACCUCUCGGAGGAUGAGGUCGACGAACUAACCCUGGAACCACCACCCACUCAUUUACCUCCAAUCAGAAUUACGCCUUCUUCCGAGUCUUUAUAAGUUUAUGGUGUUACGUUCAUUACGCUCUACGUCCUGCAAUGCUUCAUCAUGUAGACCUCGGAAUCAUUCCUCGAUACCCCACCAGCAUAUUCACGCAUCGCAUUAUCCAAUA